UUAUAAAAUCGCUCCCCUGUUCACGUGACCUCUCUCCGCCUGCUCGCCGCCAUCAUGGACACGAGUCGCGUGCAGCCCAUCAAGCUCGCUAGGGUAACCAAAGUGCUGGGCAGGACCGGUUCGCAGGGACAGUGCACGCAGGUACGUGUGGAAUUUAUGGAUGACACCAGCCGCUCCAUCAUCCGAAACGUCAAAGGUCCCGUUCGAGAGGGAGACGUGCUCACCCUAUUGGAGUCAGAAAGGGAGGCUCGGAGAUUACGUUGACCUUCCUGCUUUCCUGCUGGGUCCUGAGUAUCCACCACUUGGCCCAUGAUGACCUGCGACUAUUAAAUAAAGCAUUUGUAUUGUUUUAA